AUGGGGCGUAGAAGUGCGUCAAGUAAACGCGCCCCCAAGGCCUGCCUCACAUGCCGCAGGCGGAAAGUGAGAUGCGACGUAUCGCGGAGAGGGCAGCCUUGUACCAAUUGCGAUCUUGAUGGCACUGAAUGUGUUGUAUGCCAGAGGAGCUCAAGACGGCAGCAAGCUAAUACACAGGAGGAUCACUAUGCGUUGGCUGCAAGCCUGAUACCCUUGCAGUCUAUAUGCGUGGCUGAGGGUUUCGAUGAAGGCAAUGGCCACCCGGCCACCCAGCAGCCAGAUCUUCUUGCAGCAGAUCCUACCGAAUAUGCGAAUUUGGAUCAUAACCAAAGCAGUCUCCAUGUUGCCCCGGACUCGGUCCAGGAACUGCCUCCAUCAGUGCCGAUAUCACCGCUAGCAGUCCAGGAUCCUGAAUACGAAACUGGUUCCCAGUCCACAACGACGGAUCCAUCGCUUGCGGACUUUGAGUUCCUCGAGCUUAGCGGUCUUUCCAACGUACCUGGUCAAGACAUCGACUACCUCGUAUCACAAGGUGCUUUUCGUAUACCUAUACGUCAGGUGCUUUGGGAAUCUAUGAAGCAGUACUUCCUCUACAUUCACCCAUUACUUCCACUGGUCAAUGAAGGCGACUUCUGGGAUAUGCUCCGCGGGCACUCGAAGACAACGGAUCAUAAAAUGUCAUUUCUUGUUUUUCGCGCCAUGUUGUUCGUUUCAUGUGAUGUUUGUGUGACCUUGCUUCAAUCACGCAAUAGCGAAUAA